GAAAUGUGUAUGGCAGCCGGCGUGGACGGUUUCUCAUUGGAUCUAUAUCUUUGGGUUUCUCCACCAAUCCGGGGUUGUUUGCUACUGUACGCCAUGCGGAUUGGUGGAAAAGAAAUGUAUUUGGCCAAUUGAAGCGCGGAGGCAUCGAGUGCAAGCUUCCGUUUUCAUUUUCGUGAGCGGUCCAUGGCAUCGAACGACGAUAUCUUCAGCCUCUUUGGCGCGCCGCCGCCGCCCGUCAAGCCGACCCGGACGACGCCGCCGGUCCAGCCGCUCUCGCUGCCCAAGAACUUUGGCAGCGCGCGGCAGAGCCUCUCGACGCUCUCGGUCACGUUCUUUGCGUCGUGCUCAGAGCUGCAUCUGCCGACGGUCAACAGCACGGCGCAGAACGUCUUGCGCGGCGCCAUGUCGGUGCUGGGCACGGCAGGUGGAAAGGCCAAGCUGCCCGAGUGCGCGAUCCAGGUCGAGGUCAAGGCGGCGAACCGGACGCCGCUGCCGCACGCACCACGCUACACGACCGAGAAGGUGCGGAGCCGCAAUCCGGCCUUUGUCAUUGGCCUCACGCUCGAGCUGCCGGCGACGACGCCGCCCGACUCGCUCGUGUGCUUCAACGUCGUCUUGACCGAGGAAGGUGCAAACGGCAAGGUCGUCGCCCACACCGACGUCUCGUGGCUGCAUUUGCUACAAAACUACGAGCACGGUGCCUCGUCGGUCUACUUGCCGCUCACGUCGACCGUCACCGACGCGGCCGUCCUCACACUUCGCUUUGCACGCGUCGCGCCGCUCUCGCAUGCGCUUCUCGAGACGCAGAACGAGAUCAUCCGAUGCUACGCGUUCCCGUCAACGACCAACCCGCUGCACUUGCCGACGCUCGUGAGCGAAGAGCUGGCCGAGGUUGGGCCCAGCGUGCAAAUGCCGCUCCUCUUCCUUCGCCACUGCCGCCGCGAGCUCGAGGGCGCCUACCACCUCUGGCGCGUGCGCUACAACAACGCGCGGAAGCGGCUCAAGCACUUUGCCGACGGCGACGAUGCGAUGCGCAACGGCUGUGACGUCUUCCGCGUCUCGGUCGUCGCCGCACGCAACCUAUUGGUGCCAGUCGCCAACGUGCCGCGCAAGACGUCGCCGGUGCGUCCGCCCAACCCGCUAAGCCCGCGCGAGAUGCUAAAGAAGCAAUACUCGCCCAAGCGCGGCUCUUCGGCGGAGGAUGCGCUGACACCGCGCUGUGGCGUGCACCCGUUCGUGAUGGUGCUCUUCAACGAGACCGAGUCGGCGGCAACGCCCCUGCAGCAAAGCCCAUGGCAUCUCGUCGGCCGCACCAACACCGAGUACGAGUCGCUCUCGCCGCGAUUUGGCAGCAACCAAAACGUCCACCUGUGUCCGCAUGGCGUAGCAGCCACCAAGCACUGCGUGGCGUCGUCGCUGCAUACGAAAGCCGACGUCGAGGGCAAGCCAGGGUCCAAGCAAACGUUCCUCUCGUGGUUUCGGCCGUCGCGCCACCAAGUGCUCUCGGGCGCGCUGCAGUGGGAUGUCUACGGCGAGGCUGAGAAUGAGGGCCAAAGCGCAGUCGAAGUCGGCCAAGUGUUUAUCUCGCUCAACGACUUGCGCCCGCUCAUGACGCCCGAGACGCGCAACGUGGUGCCGAAUGGCCUCUCGCUGCACACGGCCAUGUGGGUCCCAAUCCUCAACCGGCAGCAGCAACCGGUGGGCGAGCUCUACUUGGACUUGCAGAUUCGAUUGACGUCGCUUCCGUUUGUGCUCGAGUCGGAACACAACACGCACGCGUCCAAGCCCGGGCAGGCGAAAGCAGACGACACGCCGCUCUUCCGCCUUGCGUCGUCGACGAUGGACCGCGCACUGCGCGAAACCAUGGCGAUCCCGAGCGACCAAGAACACUACUCGAUCGGGUUCCUCCACGCCCACGUCAUGGAGCUCGAUCGCCAAGUGAAGGAGCUCGCCGCCAUGAUCCGCACGGCCGAGACCCGCCAGAGCCAGCGCAUCUGGUUCAAAGGCAGUGGCGACAAGAAGAAGCGCGACGUGCAGGCGUUCCCGACCAACUUGCACGUGUCGUAUCUGCGCAAGUACGCGUGGCCCGCAGCCUCGCCCCGUCCGAACGUCCACGCCGAGCCGAGCCAGUUUGACUUGCUGGGGCUGCACGAUGACAUACCGCCCGCUGUUGCAGCGACGCCACCGCCGAGCAUGGAGAACCCCACGUUGAUGACGUACGCGACCGUCACGUGUGGCGCCCCGACAGCCCACGCGCUGGGGCUGGACGACCAAGGGCUCAUCGGUCUCGAGGACAAGCUCGUGCGCGUCAAGACGCAGAUCGCGCUGGUCGCCAACGGCGUCAAGAACCUCCAUAGCAACGUCAUGGUCGAAGGGGGCGUCAAGACGUUCGAGCGACCGGUGCUCGUGCCGGUCGACGAUGCCGACGACGUCAGUAGCACCGACACCGAGCACGCGGCCGCCGAGAAGCACGACGAGUCGACCGAGGCCAAGGCUGCGAGCUGGUCGCUGGCCGCAAAAGCGCGCAAGACGAUGACCAAGACGCUGGGCACGCGCUUGACGCGGCACCCGAGCGACGAGACGAUUGCGCCGUCGGCCCUUGCGCUCCGUGAGACGUUUGAAGCGUGCAAGUACCAGUACUACUUUCGCAAAUGCAUCUGCGUCUCGCAGGCCGUCUCGGCGCUCGUGACGUCGUUCUUGGCCUCACUCGAGCUGCACAUGGAAGCGUCGCCCGAGAUCCUCCACCAGUGGGCGUCCGUCGGGUACCUCAUUGGCUGGGAGAGCUUGAUCUCGUCGCAGGGCAAGGAGCUCACGAUGCUCUCCGAUGCGUGGGCAACCAUCAAGUGCCUCGAGCGCUUUGCGUUCCAGCUCGACGACGCGAUCGAGACGCUGAUGCUCGAAGAGACGGGCGCCAACCACGAAGGCUACGUGAUUCGUAUUCCGUGCCUCGGUGCCCCGAAGGACCUCGGGCUCAUUCGGGUUACGUCGGUCCUCUUCACCCAAGGCAUCAACGAGAUGCAGUCGCUGGCCAACAUGGUGGGCACGUCGGGCGUCGAGCUCCAAAGCACGAUCAACAACGCGAGCUUUCAGACGCUGCAGCAAUACCACGCCAAGUACCUCGCGCUCAACGUCGAGUCGGACCGGACGACCGCGCAGCUGCUGCUCGAUCCGCUCAUGGCCGUCGUCCAAGCCGAGAACGCGGCGGCGAAGAACACGCGCAUCCUCCUCGAGGCGUCGGACGCGGUGCGCCGCAUGAACGGCGGCCGCGUGACGUACUGCAAGAGCGGGAAGGACCGCACCGCCAUGUCGGUCACGCUCGACCAAGCGCGCGUGCUCUUCAAGCGCGCGAACGUGCAAAACCCGUUUUUGGUCACGUCGCCGACGCACGCGUCCCAAGAGAUGGUCUCGAGCGACGAACUUGCCGCCGCGAACCUCAUGCGCGAGUACGGCGUGCGCAUCGCCGUCGCCAAGAAGAACGUCGGGCGCCCAAAGUACUCGUUCAACUCGAUCCAGCGCAAGCUCUUGCCCGAGUUGUACCGGCCGCCGACAUCGACGAUCCAGGACAUGGUCACGUCUGUGACCGCGCGCGACUCGUAAGCACGCAAUAUCCAUAUCUCAUAUUGCAAUCGGAUGUUGAUACAUUGAUACAUUUACGAAUCGUC